CGCCGCCUUUCUUUUCUGAACUCAUCUGGAACCCUACACGUGCAUCGCACCACCAGUUAUAAGUUCCUUCCUUCUUCAUUUUUUUCUUCACUUAUAUCUCUACUUAUAACUUUCACCUUUAUGAGUAUGUCGCAGGCUAUGUCCAGCCAAAUACCUCUUAGGCUGAUGGAAAGCACAGCUUCCCUUGGAUAUGCCGCUGCUGAUUCCAGCGAACAUUCAGCAGGAACUGGUUCUCCCAUACUGCAACGCAGAAGAACAGCAGACCCAGUUCCGACUGCCCCAUCAUCUCCACAGCCUUUCAGCACUCGUUCAAGAAAGCCAACUUUUGAGAUCCCAGAGACACCAAGGAGGACGUCCUUCAGUCUGCGCAGAGUUGCAACCACUAUAAUGACACCAGAAAAAAAGCUAGCCCCUCCCCCCAGCGUCUGGCGCAGCUUG